AUGGACGCUUUGGGUUUCAUCCUGUUCCUUAACAGCGCCUCAAGGCUUUUUUUGAACGCCGCGUGGAUGCGCAAGGGUGAGUAUGCACAUCAAGGGAAAUCGUUCGCUGGACUCGUGGUUGAGAGGGGAAGCUGGCAGAAAUCUAGCCCAUAUCAUUCCCACAUUGAAAUGGUGGCACGCCACGCAACCACUGCAGCGAGCGUAUCACAACAGACUCCAUUUGCCUCCCUAUGA